AAGUUUUCCAACUCGUUAAAAGGUAAAGGUGCAGCAGGUGCAGUAUUUCGAAAUCACUCCUCCCUAUUUAAGUUUCAGUUCAUUCAAAAUAAGAUAUGAGUAACUAUUUUAACACAAUUUAUUUGGGAGCCGUUGGCAACCAAAUGGCAACUGAUGGUACAAGUGUGGCAAAAAGAACGGGCCUCUCGCGCACGCAUACGCACGAGAGAGAGAGAGAGAGAGAGAGAGAGAGAGAGAGCUUUGCUACACAAUGGCGGAAAAUUAAAGGUAUGUCUACGAAAAGCUUUGGUUCCUUAUCCGGGAACUGCUUCGCCUGCUGCCAUUGGGCCGCGACGUCACGUGGUCAAAGUAACUUUACAGGGUUGCUCGCUAGUAGGAGGGCUUUAUGGAGCAGAAAAACGCCAAAGCUAGAAAAAUUAUUUCCCACUCCAGAAAUUAAUGAUCAUGAGCUCGUAUUUGAUGGACUCUAACUACAUCGAUCCGAAAUUUCCUCCUUGCGAGGAAUAUUCGCAAAAUAACUACAUCCCCGAACACAGUCCCGAAUAUUACGGCCGCGCCAGGGACGGCAGCUACCAGCAUCACCACCAAGAGUUGUACCCUCCGCGGGCAAACUACCAGGAGCGCCAGUACAACUGCGCCAGCAUCCCCGAGCCCGAUGCCCAGAGAGGACAUGGACUACCUCAUUCGGGCCACCUGCUCGGGAAAGGGCAGCCUGUCUCAUGUGAGCCCCCCCAGUUGCCCCUGUCCCCGGCCACUCCACCGGCAGCCUCCUCAGCCUGCAAUCAAGCCACUCCGGAGCAUCCCAACAGCACAGCCUCGGCCAAGCAGCCAGUUGUUUACCCAUGGAUGAAGAAAAUUCACGUCAGCACCGUGAACUCUAGUUACAAUGGAGGGGAGCCCAAGCGGUCUAGAACUGCUUACACCCGUCAGCAAGUGUUAGAACUGGAGAAGGAAUUCCACUAUAAUCGCUACUUAACGCGACGAAGACGUAUCGAGAUCGCUCAUUCCCUGGUUCUCUCCGAGAGGCAGAUAAAAAUUUGGUUUCAGAACCGCCGGAUGAAGUGGAAAAAAGAUCACAGGCUACCAAACACCAAAGUCAGAUCCUCAUCCUCCGGCAUGUCCUCCGGCUCCAACACAGGCUCGUCGGCAGGCAUUGUAGCGGCCGCCUCGACCAGUAACACCAUGGCAGCCAACGAGGAGCUCUCCGGAUCCGAGCGAGAGGAUAUUACGAGGUUAUGAGAGAACUAUUCCUCGGAGAGAAGGAAGGGAACAGCUCAAAAUGACUGAUUUAUUUAUAUAACAGGAUAUAUAUUUUUUGCUUUUGUUUUUCCACUUUAUUAUAUUUUAUUUUAUUUUAUUUUUGGUAGGUAUAUUGUGCGCCCGAAGGUUUUGCUUUAAGUCCACAGUUAUAUAAAGUGCAUGUUAUAUAGCAUGGAUUAUUGCGAAUACCUAUUACUUUUACGCGAAACAGGGUUUAAUUUAUCUACUGACACAGGAUGUUUUUAUCUCCUGAUAAAAGGGUUUUCGGACAAGGCAGUUUAUGGACACUAUAUUCAUGUUAUUGAGGGCCUCUCUGUGCCCAGCUGCCAAGGUGAAGUGCACAAAUGUUCUAUUUAUUUCACACACGAGACUGAAGGAAGUUGCUUUUAUACUGUACAUGGAAAAAAAAAAUAAUAUUCCGAUAGAAAACUGACCUUGAACGUCUUUGUUGAUCUGAGAACAACAUGCUGUGACUUAAGUGUCGUUAUGAAAAGGUUAAAAUCUUAAAUUAUCUUUUUCUUUUGUUGUGAUGGCGUUGUGUUUAGGCUAUUAAACCAGAUUAUUGUGAGAUGCAAUAAAUCGACUUUAGUGUAUUUGUGAUAAUAUUGGUCAAUAAAAGUAAGUGUCUGUUAGUUUUACAUAGGUUUGGUGGGUGAAUUUUAUUAAUGUGUAGCCUACUGUAAGCUGCAUUUUCGUUCCUAUAUUUACAGGGACAUAGAGAAAUGCAAUCUAAGGGUUUAGUAAAAAAAAUAUAACUAACAUAUUAACAAGCUCCAUAUUUCAUUGUCAUUUUAAAUAAAUUGAGGUUUAAGAUAUCCACAUAACUCUGCAUUUUAAGAGCUAGGCCUAUACAAUUAUAACUUUUGUGUAUUCGAUUCAUUAAGAAAAUCUCUUGAUUAUCCAAUACUCUGACUAGGACGUUAACUGUUUUCUAGCAUCGCAUGCAAUGCAUGAAACAUAAAUAAUUUCUUAAACUGGAACUGGUCCUCCGUACCCCAUUAUACAAUGGGUUGUGUGAGAGGGCAAAAUGAAUCACCCUUACAUGCAUUCGAUUUGCUUGGCAUAUAAUUGGGGCUUUUUAAGUGGGCUCUUCACUUUCUUGCUUAAUACUGGUUGGAGCCUAGCUGCACAUGUCUCUAAAAAUCAGUGGCACUAGUCAAGAAAUGAACUACAACCCCACUCUCUUCCAGCAGGGCACAGAUAAUACUUCACAGCACUAUUAUAGUAAACAAAGACAUAGAUUUCUGUAUGACUAUUUGGGUGACAAAUUUUCUCUUUACUCAAAGACAAACAAGGUAACACGUCAAUGUGCAAUUGUUUUUAAAUAAUAAAAACAAGGAUAAAUAAGGCUGAAAAAGGAAAUGAAUAAAAUUAAACUAAUGUAAAUGGGAUUGUAAAAUAACUUGAACUCAGUACCCAUAAAAAAAAUUUAAUCCUUAGAUUUGAAUUAGUAUCUGUGGUCCCUGGUGGGAGUAUGUAGAUAAUUGCAAUAAUUAUUUUUAAAAACAAUUUUGUGUUAUGAACUGUGGCACACUCCAAGAACACGUGCAAAUUGUGUAAGUUGGUAAAAGGUAUCAGAGUACUUAAAAUCUGGAGUCUUCUCCAUCAAUACUAUUUAUAUUACAGGUAUGACAAAAAUGCGUUAAGGCGCCUUAGAACAAUGCACUGUUUCUUGUGUUGUUCUGCGUCUGUUUACAUCACAAUGUCAACAAACAGUUAAUCGUUUAUGCACUCUUGAAGAAUUAAAUAUUUUAGUUUAUAAAUCUUAGGUUGCUGGGAAUUAUAUACUUCUCUAGGAAUUAGUGCUUUUGAAAAUAAAAAAAGUGGCACGUGGUAUCGUCUGAGUCAACGUCAUUACUUGCUCAGAGCCCAAGGGCUGGUCUCAGGGAAAACACACACACACACACACACACACACACACACACACACACACACACACACACACAAACAAACAAACAAACAAACAAACAAACAAACAGAAAGGCCUAUCGAGUUGCCAUGUGUCUAACAAAAGAUGAAGAGACAUUCAAAAGGCGAAGCUGCUCAUUUUUGUCUGUUUUUUCAUGUAUUUGUUUUGUUGUUUUUUUUUGCUUUUUUUUAACAAUGAACAGUUGCACCUGUGCCGUUACGGCGAAAGCGUUAAAACGCUAUACGCUGGCCCCUCCAGUGACAAAUCUGACAGAAAAGAUGUAAAAGAAAUAAGAAACGGGGUUGAUUAAUAGUAAAUCGCUCUCACUUGAAUGAAGAUUAUACAACGGCUUGCUAGGUGGGGGGCUGUGAGGCACAAAGGAGAGAGGUAUUCUAGACCAUCGAUCAUCUGCUACACCAAUAGUCAUUUGUGAUGCAGUGGGGUUGAACAUAGGUGGGCCCACUAGAAAUUGCGGGCAAAUUUAAAAUGGGAUUCUGCGGAUUUGGGAGAAUGCAAAUUUACCAGGGAAAGUCCUGCUUUUUGGUUAACCUGUCCUGACAUGGCCGCGACUUUGGAAAAACACUAAAAAGCUCAGGCCCCGUAUUCAGUGGCCAUUAUGUGCGUGGACAGCGGAGAGAAAUGAAUGUGCCCAGCUCGCAGCAUCCCGACAAGUUCUUUCGAGAGGCUGUCGCCUCCAUGGCGGGAGGCUGAAAGGCUACUUUACAGAAGUUUGGGGCAAGUCUUAGGAGUCGAGUUCACGUUGGGGACACAUUUUCUGUCCCAUUAGUUUCGUUUGAACUAAGCUGGCCAACCUUUCCCACCCUGCGACCUGACUCUCUCUCUUUCUCUCAACGUGUACUCUCUGUGCGCGCCCUCAUAGGCUUCUUCAGAAUUAGCAAGUUAGCUAUAUUGAUGUACCAGCAGAGAAGACACAUCUAAAUGUGUUGGCCUUGCUUGCCAAAGAAGCAGUAAACUCAUGCUCGCUCGCAUAGGACUGGUUUGAGGGACAUAGGAAAACCGUAACUUCUGCGUUGA